CCCUCCUUCGGGUUGCAGUAGAUGUUUUUCGGAGCUGCAGAGGAGAGGUUGUGCGUGUCUCUCUCCUCCAGCAGCAGCAGGCGCUGACUCUUUCUUCAGCCUCCACCUUUCCCAUCAAGGAUAUGGGGACCACCAGAUUAGAUGGGAUUAUUCCUCGUGUUGCCUGGCUUUUUAUCCUCCUUGGCUUUUCUGGGACAAACGCAGAAGAGGUGUGUGACAGCCCUUUGGUGUCCAGCCUGCUGCCUUCAUCCUUCAGAAGCUCCUCCCAUCUUUCCAGCAGCCACUCAGCGGGAUUCGCCAAACUCAACCGGAGAGAUGGAGCUGGAGGCUGGUCUCCCCUCACCUCGGACGGCUAUCAGUGGCUGGAGGUGGAUCUCGGCCAAAGGACCAAAAUUUCCGCUAUUGCUACACAGGGCCGCUAUGGUAGCUCUGAUUGGCUGACAUCUUACCAGCUGAUGUUCAGCGACACGGGGCACAACUGGAAGCAGUACAGACAAGAGGACAGCAUAGGGUCUUUUCCAGGAAACAAUAAUGCAGACAGUGUGGUUCAGUACAAACUGCAGCAGCCUGUCGUGGCUCGCUUCCUUCGCCUCAUUCCUCUGGACUGGAAUCCCAGCGGGCGGAUCGGACUGCGCCUUGAGACUUAUGGCUGUCCUUACACCUCUGAUGUGUUGAAUUUGGAUGGCAGCAGCAGUUUGGUGUACCGACUGAGCCCCGGAUCAAGGCCAGCUCAGACGCAUGUCAUCACAUUGAAGUUUAAAACCCUCCAAAACUCCGGCACGCUGCUGCAGGUGGACGGAAGGGAAGGACUCACCCUGAGUCUGGAGAUAGAGAGAGGAAAGUUGCUGCUGCUUUUCAGACAAGGCAAAGCUUCAUCUGCAAAACUUCAGCAACUUGCAUCUCUUGCGAGUCUUUUAGAUGAUCAGCAAUGGCACUAUGUGGCAGUGGAGCUACAUGGCCAGAACCUCAACCUCACUGUGGACAAGCACACAUUGGGGGUCAAAAUCCCUCUAAAGUUCCACCACCUUGACAUAGAAGAGUUAAGUGUGGGUACGGUUGAGGUUAUGAGCUCUCAUAAACUAUUUCGCUCCAAGAAGAGUUUCCAUGGCUGCCUGGAGAACUUGCUGUUCAAUGGACUCAACUUGAUACAACUUACUAAACUUCAGGAUCACAAAGUUUCUCUUGUGGGCAAUGUGACCUUUUCUUGUGCUGAGCCAGUUUCUGCUGCUGUGACGUUUCCCGGGCCCCAGAGCUUCCUCCAGUUGCCGUGGACAGCUUCGUCCUCCUCAGGGAGUGCGUCCAUUGGGUUUCAGUUUAGGACGUGGAAUAACGCUGGGCUUCUGCUCACUUUUGACCUUCCUGGGCAAGGAGGUGUGGUCUGGUUGUUUUUGAAUGAAGCGAGACUCUACAUGCAGAUCCAGAAAGAAGGGAGGGUGCUGCUGGAGCUCAGUGCAGGUUCUGCACUCAGUGACGGCCAAUGGCAUUCAGUGGAGCUGAACUCCAAACAAAGCCGUCUGACUGUCUCUGUGGAUAAAGAUGAAGGAGGCAGUGCUCAAGCUAGCCUGUCAUUUCCUCUCACAGUAGAAAGUCACCUCUUCUUUGGUGGAUGUCCUUCUGGAGACAUUCAUGGAUGCAGAAACCCCGUUACAGCAUUCCAGGGCUGCAUGCGUUUAUUCAGUCUGGACAACAGAAUUAUGGACCUGAUCGCAGUGCAACAGAAGCACCUGGGAAAUUACAGCAACCUGCAGAUUGACAUGUGUGGAAUCAUUGACAGGUGUUCUCCCAGUCGCUGUGAACAUGGCGGCCUCUGCAGUCAGACAUGGUCCGUCUUCCAUUGUAACUGCUCCAACAGCGGCUACGGCGGAGCCACCUGCCACAGCUCCGUGUAUCAGCAGUCCUGUGAAGCGUACAAACACAACGGAAACACAUCAGGAUAUUUUUACAUCGAUGUGGAUGGCAGUGGACCCAUCAAACCGCAGCUAGUUUACUGCAACAUGACAGGUAAGACACACACAUUUACACAUAUAUCCGUCCCUUGCUAUA